AUGGUGAUGGGACGCGUGCGCGCCACCUCCUACGUGAGGCGGACGCUCUCUCAGCCCAUCCACCAGCACCGCGUUUCGGCGGUCAUUCUCCCGCAGAAACCCGGCGCCCGUCCGCCCGGCGGCGGCAGCGGCCGCGCCGUUUCCGUUCAGCUGGACGAUGGGAUCUGCCCGUUGACGACUGGAACGGGGGCCCCGAGUCGACAGCUGCACUUGGGUCUUCUGGCCGAAGGCUCGAGUUCGCUGGGAACUCCGAGUUUGGGCAGCGGCGCGAUGGUAGCCGUGGACACUGCAGACUCUGGCGUGAUUGACGAGGAAGCCGAGGACAACAUCAGCAACUACUACCGCUUCACCGUCAACGAGGAUCUCCAGCGAACGUGGCACAUGCUCUCUGGAAGGAUAAACAUCCUCCUGGUUUUCGUUCCGCUGGCGUUUUGGAGCAUGAUUUGUGGUGGAUCGCCUCUUUUUGUCUUCACGUGCAACUUCUUGGCCCUGAUUCCGCUCGCUGCACUCCUCGGCAACGCCACCGAAGAGCUCGCGCUUCACACCGGAGAAAUCGUCGGAGGCUUGCUGAACGCCGUUUUUGGAAACGCUGCCGAGAUGAUCAUGUCCGUCCAAGCUUUGCGCGUGGGCCUUCUGAACAUGGUUCAGGGGACGAUGCUGGGCAGCAUUCUCUCCAACUUGCUGCUGGUGCUGGGCAUGUCUUUCUUCGCGGGCGGCAUCCGCUACCACGUGCAGAAAUUCAACGAAAAAGGCGCGACUUGCAGUGUCACGCUGCUGCUUCUGUCCUGUAUGAGUAUCGUCAUUCCGACCGUCGCCGCGUCUGGGAACGACCACGCGAAUCCAACGUAUGACAUCAUCAAGAUAAGCCGAACGAUCGCGGUGCUGAUUAGCGUGACUUACUGCCUUUUCCUCUUCUUCCAGCUUUACACACAUUUGAAUCUCUUCCGAGAUGUAGAAGAUGGUGAACAGGAGCUUCCGUCGAUGUCCUGGGAGGCCGCAACCAUCAUUCUAUUUGUCGUCACCCUCCUCAUUUCAGCCCACUCAGAGUACCUCGUCGGCUCGAUUCAUGACGUCGUCACGGAGUACGGCCUUCCCGAAAGCUUCAUUGGCGUCAUCUUGCUCCCAAUCGUCGGAAAUGCGGCGGAGCAUCUGACAGCCGUCACUGUGGCGAUGAAGAAUAAAGUCGAUCUGGCGAUGGGAGUUGCUGUAGGCUCCUCUGCACAGAUUGCUCUCUUCGUCUUCCCCUUCACUGUCUGCGCGGGGUGGAUGCUCGACCAACCGUUGACUCUGGCUGUGCAGCCGCUGAGUGCCUUGGUUCUGUUGAUGGCGGUGCUGGUCGCCAUGGCUAUCGUCCAAGACGGAGAGAGCAACUGGCUAGAGGGUGUCAUGCUUAUGUCGGCAUAUCUCAUGAUUGCGAUUGUUUUCUGGUAA